CGGGAUAGCCGUCAAUGUUGCUGGGCUGUGAUGCUUUGACCUCAGCCCCACCAUUUUGGAUGUGAACCACAACCACAUGCCCUGGCUCACUUGGCUGUAAGCCAAGGUCUCAGAAGGCAGUUGCAUACUACCAGACACACAAGGCUCGGGAUAAUACACAGGUCAGUGUAGACAUGCUCGUUUGAUUGCUCGUCUGCUGGCGUUUUCAGUUGGCGCCUACCUUAUUGUUUGCCUUAUGGGAUAGGUACAAGUUUCUAGAAAGCUCCCAUGGUUUCGUCUACUGUUCGUCAGUUCUCCACUUGGAGGCCACAGCUGGAGCGGGCAGUUGGAGCAGUUGGAGCAGUUGGAGCAACACAAGCUGGAUGGAGCGUGGAAGCUCAGCCCUGCGUCAAGGCCCCGCGCGCCCGGGAAUCUUCAGGCUUCUUACGAAUUCUACCGUCACCCGGAGGGGACCCGGAGACCAAGUUGGAGACCGAAGGGACGGCAAGGCAGGGCGUGAUUGCUAAAUUGCUUGCAGCCUCACAACCAACCCACCUCUUCCCGCAUCCUCUCCUUCCAGCUUUCUUGUCCGUGACUACAAGACACGACGACCUUUUUUUUCUUUGACGACUACUCUAGUUGUGACGUACCCGUUGUGAAUACUACCACUGCCAAUAACGAUAAGUAACAACCACAACAACAACAACAACAACCAACAACAACUGCGCUUCUACCACUGUAUGCGCUUUACAUCCAGGAGCUAGCUAGCUACCCUUCUCCAGCAACAUCUUCGCACAAACACACACUUACACAACUAUCAUCACAAAUGGCUUCCACUGUGACACCCGAGGUUCGCUGGGCCCAGCGCUCUUCUGCUACCGAUCCCGAGAACAACUUCAUCUACCUCACCAUUAGCGUUCCCGACGUCCCUACUUCCAACCUUAAGCUCGACCUUAAGCCCACUGGUCUCGUCUUCACCGGCCACUCCGACACCCUCAAGAAGACCUACCAUGUCGAGCUUGAGUUCUACGCCGAAAUUGACCCUGCUGCGAGCCAGGUCCACCACACGGCCCGUGAUGUCGAGAUGAAGCUCCGCAAGAAGGAGCUUGAUGCUCAUUACUGGCCCCGUCUCCUCAAGGAGCCCAAGAAGGUUCACUUCCUCAAGACCGACUUUGACAAGUGGGUUGAUGAGGACGAGCAGCACGAGGCCGCUGAGGAUGACUUCAGCAACUUUGGCGGUAUGGAAGGGAUGGGUGGAAUGCCUGGUAUGGGUGGCAUGAAUGGCAUGGGUGGUAUGGGUGGUGACUUCGGCGGUAUCGACUUCUCCAAGUUGGGCGGUGCUGGUUUGCCCGGCGGCGACGAUGAGGAAGACUCCGACGAUGACAUGCCUCCUCUCGAGGGUGAGGGCGAGGCUGAUAAGGCCGAGGAGGCAAAGGAUGCCAAGGAGACUGUCGACACGUCAAAGGAGGCUGCGUAAAUACUCAAAAAGUAAUAGGCAUACCCAAGAUCCAUGGUAGUGGGCUUUAAUGUUUAGAACUGGGCAUUGGGAAUAACGACAGGAUUUACUUACACAUACCCUCCCAUUCCCCAAUGCUUCGGGGGUGGAAUAUUGACGCUGGAUGAUUAGCUGGAACGGGUUUAAUGGAGUCCUUUGAUUUCGGUAUCUAGCAGGAUCUUGCAGCGAAUGGAAUCAUGCUCAUUUUUGUCUAGGGAACCCUCGAUCCC